CUCCUUUAUAUUUUUUGUCUAUACUUAUGUGUUGUUUAAUCUUUUCCUGCCUUUUGCUGUCUCCAUUUUCACUCAUGUUCAUGUGCUCACUGUCCUUUCCCUCAUUCUUUGCAUAUUUAUACGCAUACAUAUGAAAAACAUUGGUAACACGUUUAUCUAAUUUUACUUAAAACAGUUUUAGUCACAUUGAGUUGUAAUUUUCAUGUUAUAAAACUUGUUCAUUAUAAAAUAUAUAGACCAAAGACUUUUUUCUGUGCAGUCAUCCCCACUCUUAGGUUUUAGAUCUUUUUUUUAAGUCUUUAAAAUUUAUAGUGACUCUGCAGACUUCCUGUGUGUGUUCUAUUAUGUGAGAUUUAAAGCUUCAUUACUACCACUAUAAAGUGAUAUCUCAUCAGUGACAUUCAGAUUGAAUUCCUAACAGUUCUAGUCUCAGCAAAUUGUACAGCAAGUUUACUGUGGCUUUUGAGUUUUAGUUGGUUUAUUUUUUCUACUGUAUAUGUAUGCAAAGACUGACAAUCAAAUUAGGCAAGGCAUAUAAGAACAAAGAACUUAGUUAUAGGAUAAUAGCAAGAAAAUAUGUAUUGAGAUGGAUAGAAAAGAUAGUUUGUACAUUCCUUAUGUGGUAUUUGCCCACACUCAGCUAGCAGAGCUUGAAGAUACAAUCUCCCUGGGGGAAGAGGGAAGCAAGCACAGAGCAUGGCUUUAGGACCCUGUAUUGGGCUUGCACACCACCAUAAAAUGCAGUAAAGGACAGACUCCCCACUUAUGCUCUUCUAUAAUGAAAGUGAGGUGGUGAUGGACUGUAACGGCCAUUAGCUCAGAAUAACAUACAUUCAAAGUGCUGAGUAAAAUCCUGCCUGCCAAGAAUAUUGUACUCAACAAAACUGACCUUCGGAAAUAAAGCAGUCUCAGAGACAAAAGCUAUGAGACGACACCACCUCUUGACUUAUUAAAGAAAUGCAAAAGGGAGUUAGCUAUUCAAACAAAAAGCAACUUGCUAGUAGAAUAUACUUGAAAAUAUGAAAGUCUGAUAAAAAAAAAGUAAACACUUAAAUUUAGAGCACUCUGAUGAUUGAGUUUAAAUCAUUACUUUUAGUAUAGAUAAUAGGAAAAUACCUACAAUAAUUUUUAAGAGAUUGUGUGUAGUACGAAUAAUAAAAACCCAGAGACAGAUAUAGGGGUUAAAGCUGAAGAUUAGAGAAGCAGAACAGUAAGCCACUAGAGAGACCUUUUACCUCUUCCGAUCCUCAGACUGCCUAGGCUGCACUGUGACUCCACCAAACCUCAGACUCCACACUCUAGUGAGUUCCUCUCUCUUCCCCUUUAUUUUCCUCUCUGCACCCAGCCAUAUCACUCCUGCCUCCACCUCUCCAGUGCUGGGAUUAAAAGCAUGUGACUCCCAGACACUGGGAAUAAAAGUGUGAGGUGGCACCACCUUGGGUCUGUUUCUGGAUCGAUCUUGUGUAGCCCAGAGUAGCCUUGAACUCACAGGGAUCCAUCUGCCUGUUCUCCAGUUCCUGAAAUUAAAGAUGUGUGCUACCACUUCCUGGCCUCUAGAUGUUUAACUUUGCGCUCUGAUCUUCAGGUUAGCUUUAUUGAAAAAUGCAAAUAAAGUAUCGCUGCAAUUGUGACAACUCCAGAUGGAUGCAAAGGGUAGAGGAUUGGUUUUCCUUCUGAAGUUGUCAUCUUAGUUUCCACCUUGGCUUCCCUUAGUGAUGAUGGAUUGUGAUUGGGCCUUGCAAACUAAAGAAACUCUUUUCUCACUGAGUUGCUCUUUUUCACAGUCUUUAUCACAGCAGUAGGAAGCAAACUGCUAAGUGUCCAGCAAACCAAACUGAAAGACUAAAUAGCAAGUGACAGAUGAUAGAAAGCCACACAUCAAGUCAGGUGCAUAAAACAUCCAACAGAACUAAUGGAAGGCCUGGUAAGACAGCAAAGUGGCGCUCCCGUGAAGUCUUUGGGCAGAGCAGAGUGUUUCAGGUGAGGCUUCCGGGUAAAAGAAGACAGACACACCAGAUCAGAUGCAAGAGUAUCCUGUAGAAGUGGACUGGGAGAGUUGGGGCAGUUGCUGGAGAUUGAAUGGAGAGUGGCCCCUCUGCCCUCAUCAGCUUGCUGGGACUGAACUUCUGAAUUGUCUUUUUCACUCUGGUCACUUCAAUAUUAUCGAAUAAACAGCAGUAAAGACUGUAGGGAAUUAUCUUCAGGUUGAUUUCAAGGACACAUUUUACUCCUGGACUGAUUUACUCUUCGGAGUGGUGGGGAACCUGUCUGGGUCUGAAAUGGCGCAGUGGGAGACAAACGUGUCUGAGUCUGAAGUGGUGCAGUGGGGGACUGCUCCACUUUUAGAGUCAGCCCAAUGACCUCUGACAACUCCUGACAAUUUACCAAUGUAGUGUGCAUUACUUCUGUUCUUGAAUUGUGUGUGUGUUAGUAUAGGAUAUUUCUCCCUCAAGGUAGUGCGGAGCAUAGGUUAUUGACUGUGUUUCAAGCCUGUGUGCCACCUGUGGAUGGUGACUGGGAAUUGAACGCAAGACUUCCGGAAGAGCAGCCAAUGCUCUUAACCUCUGUGCCAUCUCCAUCCCCCACUAAUUUAUUUUUUGAGCCCUGUUUGUAUCUUGUUAAUUUGGCUGUUGCACAAUCAGUUGUAAAACCAUUUCUUUACCCUCAACUCUUAACAAAUUAGCAUUUAAUUUACACAUUUAGCAUAACAUUUCCCCUUCAAGGACUUGGACCCAGGUGUUUAGGACUGGGAUGAUGAUCAGUCUUGUCUGCUUGGGAGCUGAGCAGGGAUAAUGAAUGAGCUGGAUGGGUCCCUUGGGUUCAUGCUUAGAGUAGCUGAAAUGCAGGGUGAUCUCUCAGCCUGUGGUAGAAGGAGAUCGUGACUGGCAUCCCUUUGCCAGCAUUAUCCGAAAUUUUAGGAACUGGAAUCUGGAAGGUGCCAAUCAUAAAUGAACAGGAACCAAAGAUAAAAAACAUUAAAACUAGGGUAGCAUAUGAUACUUCAGGACAAUUUGGUGGAUAAUUGAAGAAACAGACCUGAUAUGCUAUUUAAGGAGGUAGGUUUUAUUUUAUUAAAAUGUAUUACAUCAUUUUCCCCUUCCCCCAUUACAAAUUUUUUUCUCUAACUUCUCCCGUGGCCUACUGCCCCUUGCUACCUCUCAAAGCCCUGGCCUCUGUUUCCUUUGUUAUUGCAGCACACACACACACUAACACACAGCCUUGCUAAACCCUCCUUAGUGUUGCUUUAUAUGUAUGCCAUAUAAUAUUGUCUAAUAUUAUAUGUAUGCCAUAUAAUAUUGUAUAACUGAUUAGAGGGCACCUUGGAGCAGACUCCUCUGACUGAAAAUCGCCACCCCCCAUGGCCUUUCUAUUGGUCUUGGAACCCCUUUCCUGUUGGUCUCAAGAGCUGAGAGAAGGCAGGUUUUUGGAUCAAGUGUUGAGUGCCUGGAGACUGAUUUGCCUGUAGGCAGCAGGAGCUGAGGGGAAGGUAGAAGGCUGAUGGCUUAGUGUCUAGCUAUCAUAAUAUUUUUGUUUUAAUAAAUAAAGCUUGCCUGAAGAUCAGAGUGCAAAACUAGCCACACUAGUUAGCCAUGCAGGCCAGACAGUGGCGAUACACACGUUUAAUCCCAGCAACUACACUAGUAAGCCAUAGAGGCGGGGCAGUGGUGGUGCACUAGAGAGGAAUAUAAAGUUGGGUGAGACAGGAACUCACUCUCUUCCAGUCUGAAGAUCUCAUAGAGGUAAGAACUCUCUAGUGGCUUGGGUGUUUUGCUUCUCUGAUCUUUCAGCUUGAAUCCCAAUAUCUGUCUCUGGGUUUUUAUUAUUUGUGCUACGUUUAGGAUCCCUACCUGUCUGUGCCAGGGGCUAAGAGCAAGACAGGUUAAGAAGUACAUAGGGUUUGAGAAGUGCUCCUUACCUAUUGUGUUACUAACGGAGAAGGCAGAAUGGUGUGAAGUGUUAAUACGUAAUUCUACAAGUGUGUAUAUGACUGUAUCCUAGUGGUUUUUACAUGAGUAUGUGUGUAUGAGUUAUUGUGUAUGAGGUUGUAUGACAUGUAAGCAUUAGUGUGUCCAUUUGAGUGUGUAUAGUCUGAGUGCAGGCAUAUAUUAAGAGUACGUAGUGUAUUGUGUGUAUUGACUAUAUUGUUUGUAAAGCUGUGAUUGUGGAAUUUAAGUGAUUUAAGUGCAAGUGUGUGUUGGUUGUGCACAGGAGUGCAAUAAUGUGUAACAGAUGUGAGGGUGUACAAGUGUAUGAGUUGGAUGGGUAAGUGCAAGAGUGGAACUGGUAUGCAAAGUGAGAAUUUGUUAAUUUGUCGGUGUGAACAUGUUUGAGGAUGCAGAUGUGUGUAUGAACAGUGUGACUGAAAGUGUGCAGCCAUGUUUAGUUGUGUGUGAGAAUGUGAUUUUGUGUGGCUGGGUGAUUAUUUAAAGUUGUGUCAAUGUGCACAGGUGUGAGUUUUCAUUAAUUUGAAAGAAUGUGAAUUUUCUGUACAUGUGAUUUUUACUCCAAAAUGGAUGGAGCAGUAGGUCCCCUUAAAUGGGCUAAACCAGGCUCAGAUAAGCACACUUUUGUCUUGCAAGUGGAGUCUAGAAAUGAAGAAAUACAAUUGAUAGUGAAGGUAGAGAACUGGGAAAGAAGAAUGAGAUGGGGUGGGGUGGAAAGAAGAGCAUAUGAGAUGGGAAUGGGGCUGAGUAUGAUUAGAUGCAUUAUAUGCACACAAAAUAUAAUGAAGUCCAUUUUAUAAAAAUAAUAUGCUAUUAAGAAGGUAGAAUUCUAAGCAGGGAUGAUUUUGUUUUCAGAAGGAAGUUUUCUGAGCAUUAGGUUUUUAUUGUAAGGGAAGUAUCAGGAAUACUGUUUUGUUAUUUAUAUAAAGUGUGCACACUACUUAGCAUAGUAAAUGGUACGUAAAUGUGAGCAUUGAUGUUCUAAAAUAAUGGACACCCAGUGCCAUAUUUUAAAUAUUUGGUGUAAAAUUUUCAUUUUGGCUUUAUUUUUGAAUUUAUCUCAUUAGAAAAUACCUUCAACUGUCUAGGAAUGUAUGUCAGAUCAUGUGUUCCUAUGUUGCACACUGGUUUUAUAAUUAUGUAGUGUAAAAUGCUAAUAUAUUUUCAUUGUAUUGUUUCUUGGAGAAAAAUAUGUGAUAGAGGGUUUAAGAGAUCAAAAUGAACAAUACUUUUAAAGCCAAUACAACUGAGUUUUUCAGAGCAAGGUCACAGUGGUCAGCAGUCCUCACACAUGGAUCUUACAUAGCCUUACACAGAACUGAGGGUAAUUCUUUCAUCAGAAGUAGCCUGGAGGAAGGGUACCAAAGUCUGAGCUGAAAGCAGAACUCGGUCAUGUGUUAAUUGGAUACCUGCAGCACUGGGUGGAGGGGUAAGUGCAGGAGCUGUGAACUCAGGUGGCUCUCCAGCAAUGAACUGAGGUAGUGUUAGAAAAGACCUGGAAUUUAGAGGUUCUAGUUCAUCAUGCAUCAGCAUGUUUGCAAAAUUUGAAAAUGAGGUAUCAAAGCAUUCUUGGCAGUGUGUCAAAGACUGACCUACUGUCAAACUGACAGAUCCUGCAAGACCCUUAGCAUGUGCUUUGUAAAGGAACUAAUUUGUCGGUUUAGAAGCUGAUAGAGCUGCUAUAGGGGAUAUGGUUGGCAGGAAGAAAGAAGAGGAAGAGAAGGAGCAGGAGAUUAACUGGCUUGGGAGGGAGGAAAGGAAGAGCCCAAGCCAGGUAGUGUUUGGGACCCAGAAAACUACUGAAUCCAGCAUUAUAACCUAGUAAGAAAAGAUGGGUUGGGACAAGAAAAUGACUAAUUAAAAAAGCAAAAAAAAAUAAGAUAUUGCUCUCCAAAAUACAUCUUGGAAUUAUUGCAGGUUUUAUAAGAAUAAAUAGAAUAAAGCUAGGGAGAACAGAAAAAUGAAGUCAGGGACAAAGAGAGUAGGCAGUUUGCUUUAGUGGAUAUUCACUUUGCAUGGACUGUGCUGUAAUUUUUCUUUGAAGCUUAUGCUCACACAUCUCUGAAACCAUAACAACAGAUUGUUAGUUCCACUGUUCAAUUCUCAUACAGACCUGCAGGGAUGCUACUGGAUGUGGAAAAUAAUAGAAAUUAAGAGGCCGUUCUGUCUGGAGAGAUUUUCUUGAAGAGCAGGCCUUUGGCAUUCUUACCCUCUCCACUUCCAACAUCUGUAUACAAGAACUGCUUUCCCAUGGCUGCAAAUCGGCCUUAAGAAAAUGACCAACAGUCAUCCAGUUUUCUGAUAAUGACAUUUAAAAAGAUUUUAAGUUUAAUUAUGUGUGUGUGAAGGAAUGGGCACAUGUGAGUGUAGGUGCCCACAGUUCAGAAGAAGGUAUUGAAUCCUCUGGAGCUACACUAGGUUUGUGAAUCAGUGGUGGACGCUGGAAACCAAGUCAGGUUCCUCUGCAAGAGAAAUGCAUGCUCCUAAAACUGAGCCAUCCCUCCAGUCGUAUCUUCGGAUGUUUGAAAUAAUGCGGGUCUGCCCUACAGAGAUUUGACAGGCUGGUCUAUGCACAUGCGCAUUGAUCUUCAUUGACUUUAGACGCACGUACAUGUUCAUGCACACGUGCAUAUCCAUAGCUCGCAUUCUGCACACCGUUGCAUACUUGUGCCCACCAGCAUGGCUUGACAAAAGCCAUUCUGUCAACUGUCUUUUCAGUUGAUAGACACUAACCCAGGGACUGACUGGAGAGAACGUUGGAGAGACUUGGCUAAUCUAUGAUAAACGAUAAUAUUUGGAUCAGGAGGGGUGGGCUUAUAAUAGCAUUGAUAUUGCGACAAGGAGGGUAGACUAAUUAAAAAUAUGUAGUAUUAAAAACAGGAGGGGUGAACUUUACAAUUUGAUAUGAGAUAGAGAGGGCUGGCUUGUUAAAAUAACUGGUUGAUACUGGGGGCGGUAGCGGUUGGCUUGCGGUAACGGUGCCUGAGAUGGGAGGAGAACACAGCCGAGGGGGAGGGUGGAGGCCUUGGGGUGCCCAAGGCGUCUCUGUGUGCUGUUGCUGUCCAGAAAAGAGUCUUGAAGAGAUGCCCUUAGGUUUCUGCGAUAUCAGUGGACGGAGAAACAACCCGUGCCUUGGGCCUCAGGAUUCUGCGUAUUUAGACAUGGCCUACUUUCCUGACAACGACCUGCACAUGGCAGCCUGUGCGGGAGAUUUACCUUUUGUGCGGUUGUACUUUACUCUGGGGAAAUAUGAAGUCAAUCACAGAGACAAGGAGAAUAGGAAUGCCCUGCACUUUGCCUGCUUCUAUGGACAUCUACAGCUCGUGACUUACCUCUGGAGGCGUGGCUGUGAGAUUAAUGCGUGUGACAAUCGUAACAUCACACCCCUGAUGAAGGCUGUCCAAAGCUGGGAAGAGGAAAUCGUGUGUUUUCUGCUAGAGCAUCAUGCUAACCCACACAUUAAAGAUUGCAAUGGAAACACUGCUCUCCACUAUGCAGUCUAUGGCGGGAAGCCAUCAAUGGCUGAUAGGUUACUACAAUAUGGAGCAAAUAUUGAGGAAAGAACAAAAGAUAACCUCACACCACUAUUGCUUGCUCUCAGGGAAAACAGACUGAAUAUGGCGCAGUUCUUAGUAAAGGCGGAAGCCAGUGUGCAUGCGGUUGACUCUCAGAGAAGAAACUCUCUCAUGUAUGCUGUGAGAUGUGAUUCAUCGGAAAUGGUCAACCUUAUUCUUCAACAAGGUGUUGACAUCAAUUUUGAAGAUUUAUUUGGAUGGACUGCUUUACAUUAUGCUAUUGAAGGUGAUCGUGAGGUGAGGACAAUACUUUUGGAGUAUGAGUAUAACCUAGUACAAAGCUUAACAGAGAAAAAAUCAGAACCUGAGGCAGUGGCAAUCCCACUGAAAGAGAAAAUCAGUGGCAAGGAGACUAUAGAUAACUCACAGCAGGACUCUGCUAAACACUCUGCGUGACUUUCCAAGCCGUCUCACUUCAGACUCUUCCUGUUCAACCAGUGGAUAAAUCUUACCUAACAUUUUGUAGUAGCUAUAAUUUAAGUAAUAUGGAUGGUAAUAUUGACAGAAAUUUCAAAACUAACUGAAUCAAUACUUCAGAAUGAAUUAAAUAAAUUACAAAUAAUUCUGGUGGUUUGAAAAAGUUAAAUAAGGCAAGCAUUUUGCCAUGAUAGUCUCACAGAACACUUGUUUAAGUAUUCCCAUCUAUAAUCUGUUUAAUAUAGCCUUUGGCAAAAUGAAACAGCUUUGACAGUAAGUAUGUUAAGUACCCUGUUGAAAACCAUUAAUAAAUUGAUUUUCUUGUUUCAAUUGUAAGGCACUAUCAAAAAUGCAAAAGUAGUGGUUUUGUCAUAACAUUUCUAGCGAUUCUGUGACUUAGCUUUCUGUCACUGUGUCAAAAUGUCAGACAAGAACAGCUCAGUGAGGAAAUGGUUUAGCUCACAGCUGUACCAGUUCAUCAAUGGGGGAGGUCAAGGCAGGAGCCCAAUGCAGGAACCUGGAGGCAGGAACUGAAGCAGAGGUCAUGAAUGAGUGCUGCUCACUGGCUUUCUCUCCAUGGCUUACUCAGCCGACUUCAUUACACCACCCAGGACCACCAGCCCAGGCGCAGCACCAUCCAUAGUAGGCUCGGCCCACCCACAUCAAUCAGCAGUCAAGGAAACACCCACAGACUUGCUCUCAUGGAAGCAAUUUCUUCAACGAAGGUCUCAGGUGACCCUCGCCUGUUUCAAGUUGACAGAAAUACUAACCAGGACAGAGUUUCUUCCCAUUAUUGUUAUUCUGCAUACUGUUUAUUGUUAAUGAAGUUGUUAAAAUGUAUUAGACUCUUUUCUUGUAUUUUAUAUAGGUUACUUCACUUUAAAUUUCAAAUCUCUCAUGUGCUUUUCAAAAAUUGUAAAGAUGCAGUCUUUUCUAGACAUCUAAAAUUCAACUUCUCUCCCGCAGUGUUUAUAUAAAAUAGCAAUUUCUAUAAGAAUUCAUCUUCCACUUCUUUAGCUUUUGAAUAGCUCUUCAAAUGAUGUAUAGUCAUUAAGUUUAAGUAAUCCCUGAAAUUCAGUCCCUGUUUUAACUGUCAUUGUGGUGUAGUUACCAGUUAACAAAAUGGAAUAGAAUAAAUCUUAUCAAGUGUGAUUACAUUGUAGUUCAAUCGAGACAGAAAUAACUGUGAGCAUAGGGAUGUUCAAUAAUAAAUAAAACCAAAAUAGAA